GCACCAGUAGUCCUGUCAGUGUUUCCGAAGUAGUCUACGAAAAGGCACCGACAGUAUGCCAAAUAAAAACUGAUUUGUUCCCAGUAACCUGCCAGUGUCUUCGAAAGACACCAACAAAGUAA